AUGUCAAUGUUAAAAUAUAAAUCAUGGUUGACAAAGACGGGAUGGUCCGAUGACAAAGGCUUGGGAAAGAAUGAAGAUGGUAUGACUAGUCAUAUAGGUGUAUCAAUGAAAAUUAAUAAUAGUGGAGUCGGUCAUCAAUAUGAUAAUUGGCAAGACACUUGGUGGGAUAAUGUAUAUGCAAAGACAUCAGAGAAAAUAGGGUCAUCUACUACUACCACCGAUGUAUCUUUAGUGGACAAUGAUAUAUUUGAUUCAAAGGAUACUGUAAAAUCAUUCAAGAGAAAGGAAAAUGAUGACGCCGAAACAACAACAAAAUCAAAAAAGGUUGUUGAAACAAUUGUCGAACAAUCACCAAAGAAAAUCAAGAAAUCAACAAAACAAUUGGAAAAAGAGGAAAAAGAUACACCAGCACCAGUUUUAAAGAAACUUGGUAUCACCACUUUUGUCAAAUCUGUAACAUUGACAAAUAUGAGUAUUUUAGAAUCAAGUUUUGAUGAAUCUUCCAAAGAAAAAGAAAAAUCAUCAAUAUCAAAUAAGAAUAGUGAUAUUGAAAUUAAAAAAGAUAUUGAUAAUGAUAAUGUAAAUAAUAAUAAUAAUAGUAAUAAUAAUGAUAUUGGAGAUAUAGUAAAUGCAAUUAAAUCAAGAAAACAAAGUAAAUAUGCAACUGGAAAAUUGGCAAGACUUCAUCAAAUCGAAUUGGAAGCUAUGAAUAGAAAACAAAAUGGUCUUUCAACUUUGACCGUUGCAUUACCAUCACCUCCUAUUCCAACUCCAACUACAACUACAACUACAACCAAUUCGAACAACAAAUCUUCUACUACUAUAGAUGAAAGUGUUUCAUCUAUGGAAGACAAAGAACAAGUGGAAAAACAAUCCACAAAUUUAAAAAGAAAGAAAUCACAAGACAAUGACAAUGAUGAUGAAGACCAGGAAAGUGAUGAAAAAGAAUUAAAGAAAAAGAAAAAGAAAGAAUCAAAGGAAAAGAAGGAAAAGAAGGAAAAAAAGGAUAGAAAGAGUAAAAAAGAAAAAUCAAAGGAAAAGAAGGAUACAACAAGUAAAAAAGAAAAGAAAAAGGAAAAGAAAAGUAAAGAGUCAUCAACAUCAUCAAAAUCAUCAUCAUCUGAUUAG